AUGAAAUUUGCGAUCGUUCUCACCAUCAUUGCCGCCUUGGCCCAAGACGAAACGUCGGCCACUGGCAGGUCCAUCUGCGGUGACAGUUUGAUCGCUCCCAAUGUCAUGUUGACGACGGCACAUGCAAGUGCCACGGCGACGAACUGGGGCGACGUGGCCAACCUCCUCAUGGACCACACUGUCACAACCAUCCAUCAUACGAGAGACAACGCCCAGGCUGCGGCUGCGUUGAAGCCCAUUAAGGUGGACAACACGACGAUGAUCGCUGGGGGGCUGGCGGAGUUGGGGCUUUGCUGUGGUGGCGACCUCAACAAGCCAGGCGUGUACAGUCGCUUCAACACUGCGCGUGACAAGGACGUGCUGAGUGACACUGUGGACUUCUACGCAGGCAGUCGUGGAUGUAUUGAUUGA